GCUGCUGCCCAGGCACAGGCUGCCCAGGCUGCUCACUUUGCUCCCGUCCCAGCUGCGGCCCCCACUGCUUCGGCCUCGCUCUAUGUCGGUGAGCUUGAUCCCUCGGUCAACGAGGCUAUGUUGUUCGAGAUGUUCAACUCCGUUGGCCCCGUUGCCUCGAUCCGUGUCUGUCGCGAUGCCGUCACCAGACGCUCCCUGGGUUAUGCUUAUGUCAACUUCCACAACGUUACCGAUGGUGAGCGUGCCUUGGAGACCUUGAACUAUACCUUGAUCAAGAACCGCCCCUGCCGCAUCAUGUGGUCUCAGCGUGACCCUGCCCUCCGCAAGACCGGCACCGGAAACAUCUUCAUCAAGAACUUGGAUGCCUCGAUCGACAACAAGGCUCUGCAUGACACCUUUUCCGCCUUCGGCAACAUCUUGUCCUGCAAGGUCGCCACUGAGGAUGGUCAGUCCAAGGGCUACGGUUUCGUUCAUUACGAGACCCACGAGGCUGCUGAGAACGCUAUCAAGCACGUCAACGGCAUGUUGUUGAAUGACAAGAAGGUCUACGUCGGACACCACAUCGCCAAGAAGGAGCGCCAGUCAAAGGUCGAGGAGAUGAAGGCCAACUUCACCAACGUCUACAUCAAGAACUUGGACCCUGAGGUUUCUCAGGAGGAGGUCGAGGCCCUCUUCACCAAGUUUGGUCCCGUCACCUCUUGUGUCAUUUCCACUGAUGAGAACGGCCGUUCCAAGGGCUUCGGUUUCAUCAACUUUGAGAACCACGAGGAUGCCAAGCGCGCCGUCGACGAGCUCCACGAUACCGAGUACAAGGAGAAGAAGCUGUUUGUCACCCGUGCACAGAAGAAGGGCGAGCGCGAGGAGGAGCUUAAGAAGCAGUAUGAGCAGCAGAAGCUCGAGAAACUCAGCAAGUACCAGGGCGUCAACUUGUACGUCAAGAACUUGGACGACGAUAUCGAUGAUGAGAAGCUGCGCCAGGAGUUCUCCGUCUAUGGUGUCAUUACCUCUGCUAAGGUCAUGCGCGAUGAGAAGCCCUCUGCCGAGGGUGAAGAGGCCAGGGGCCCCUCCAAGGGAUUCGGCUUCGUUUGCUUCUCCUCUCCCGACGAGGCCACCAAGGCUGUCACUGAGAUGAACGGACGCAUGAUCGGCACGAAGCCCAUCUACGUCGCUCUUGCUCAGCGCAAGGAGGUCCGCAAGUCCCAGCUCGAGGCCCAGAUGGCGCAGCGUAACCAGCUCCGCAUGCAGCAGCUUCCCGGCCAGAUGCCCGGCGGCAUGUACCCUCCCCAGCUCUUCUACCCUGGCCCCGGUGGCUUCCCUCCCCAGGGUGGUCGUGGAAUGGUCUACCCCGGACAGGGCAUGGUUCCUCGUCCUCGCUGGGUCAACCCCGGCCAGCCUCAGAUGCACCCCGGUGCUCCUAUGCCUGGCUACCCCAUGGGCCAGGGCUUCCCUCCCAUGGGCCAGGGCCGUCCUCGCGGUCAGGGUCCUCGUGCUCAGUCUCAGCGCGGAGGUGCUGCUGGUCAGCAGGGUCGCCCUAUUCCUGCCCAGGGUCUUGCUGGUGCUUCUCGUGGCGCCCCUGGCGCUGGUCGCGGCGGCUAUACUCGUAAUGCCGGUCAAACCCGUGCCAACGGCCCCGCUGCUGCUGCCCCUGCUGCCGAUGCUAACACGUUGACCGCUGCUGCUUUGGCUGCUGCUGAUCCCGACCAGCAGAAGCAGAUGGUCGGUGAGCACCUGUAUCCCAAGAUUGCUGCUCGUCAGCCCGAUUAUGCCGGCAAGAUCACUGGAAUGCUGUUGGAGAUGGACAACGGCGAGCUGUUGCACCUCUUGGAGGACAAUGAGGCAUUGGAGGCGAAGAUUGAGGAGGCUGUUUCUGUGCUUAAGGCUCAC